GCCAGCAUGUUCAUGCAGACGCUGCUCUGACGUACGUUUCUCUGGCAACCUUUCACCCUCAAUGAAAGAGAGCGAGAAAGACAGAGAGGGCUGCUGGGACCUGGCUGUAAACAUACACAGCCAUAGUUUAGUUUCAGCUGUUCAGGGCCUGAGCAAAAUAAGCUUACAUUUUAGUCUGGAAAUAAAACCUAGGCGGCAGUAACACAAGGAUUGUUUAUGUAAUUACGAUAGUUUAAAUUAUAUGGAGAUGUUUCCUUGUUCGUGUUCUUGUUCCUCAGUCAAGCCCAGUGCUGUAUGAGUAGUCACAGAGACUGUGUAGGCGUAAUACAUUGGAAAAGAAAAAUAAGACGAGAUUAUUUUGUACUAAAUAUUACGAGAAGGCAAGGGUGUGGUUUUAAGCGUCUAAUUUGAAAUGUGUUUUUUUUAGCCACCACGUUUAAAUGUAAAUGCAUUUAAAUUGUUUUUCCAAACGAAAGAGUAGAGUGUGAAGAGGACUUCUUUUGUCUUCACUGUGCUGGAUAUGGGAAAAUGAAUGACAGAACAGUGUCGGUAAAGCUUUCUAACGGGUUUCAUUACUAGUCAUGGAAACACAAAGUUAGGUAGAAUUUAACGAAUAUAGAGGUAGUCUUGUAAGAUUAACAUUGAUAUUGCAGUGUCUUUUGUGUAACGUAAAGCGAGCUGUAAAGUUGUAUUUUUUGUUAUUGUUUAUUUUUUUAUGUACCGUUAAAGUAUAGUUUACGGUACAUAAAAGGCUUUUAACGUUUGAUGCGGGAGAUUCCUAACAAAAGUGAAACUAGUGACUUGGCCGCGUUAGGUGUUCCCUACACUUCUGAAAAAUAGUAGAAUAGCAUUAGAUCGACAUCGACACAAUAGAAUAUAAUAGCUGUGCAUCCUAAUCCAUUGUUACAAGUUUUGUUUAGCCCAGAUGCUUGUUUGACGCAUUGAUAUUAAUUAUACUAAAGAAACGAAAUUAUAGAACUGUAGUCCAUUGUUUUCAUGUCGCUAUGGCCUGCAGUUUGGUUUCACAUACAUUUGCUCUCUUGGUUGGGAAAUAUGUCCACUUCAUCAUCAGUUUCAGCCUUUUGGGAAAUGUCAUUCAAGCAGAGCCCAAUGAAAAUGUGUAUGUUUCAGGGAUUUCCAGUGCUUGUGGAGAUGUUCCAGAGCAAAUCAGGGCACCGAGUGGAAUCAUCACCAGCCCUGGGUGGCCAUUUGAAUAUCCAGAUAGAAUCAACUGCAGCUGGUAUAUUAGAACCAACCCGGGUGAAAUCAUAACUAUCAGUUUUCAGGAUUUUGAAAUCCAGAGCACUCACAGGUGUAGCUCUGAUUGGAUCUCUAUUGGAACGUACAAAAACCUUGAUGGCUAUCGGGCUUGUGGCUCCUCUAUUCCAGCACCUUACAUCUCUUCCCAGGACCAUGUGUGGAUCAAGUUUCAUUCAGACGAUAGUGAGACUGCAAAAGGCUUUAGGAUUUCUUACAUAACAGGAAAACCUGAGGAACCCAGCUGCGACUGGGAUCAGUUUCACUGUGCAAAUGGGAAAUGCAUCCCUGAGACUUGGAAAUGCAACACAAUGGAUGAAUGUGGAGACAACUCGGAUGAAGAGCUAUGUUUGCAGUCUAACCCCACCCCUGCCUACUUUUUCGAGCCUUGUGCAUUUCACCAGUUCCAGUGUCUUUCACGCUACACCAGAGUUUACACUUGCCUUCCAGAAUCCCUUAAGUGUGAUGGCAACAUUGACUGCCAAGACUUGGGGGAUGAGAUUGACUGUGAUGUUCCAACAUGUGGGGAGUGGCUCAGAAACUUCUACGGUACCUUCAACUCUCCCAAUUAUCCUGACUUCUACCCACCUGGGAGCAACUGCACCUGGUUUAUCGACACAGGUGAUCACCGUAAGGUCAUUUUGCGCUUUACGGAUUUCAAGCUUGACGGUACAGGCUAUGGGGACUAUGUUAAAGUGUAUGAUGGUCUGGAAGAGCAUCCCCAUAAGCUUCUGCGAGUCCUGACAGCAUUCGACUCUCGGGCACCGGUUACGGUUGUGUCUUCCUCUGGGCAAAUUCGGAUUCACUUCUAUGCGGAUAAGAUCAAUGCAGCUCGUGGGUUUAAUGCCACUUACCAGGUGGAAGGUUUUUGCUUGCCAUGGGAGAGCCCAUGCGGGGGUAACUGGGGCUGUUACACAGAGCAGCAGCGAUGCGAUGGCUACUGGCACUGUCCCAAUGGGAGGGAUGAGGUGAACUGCAGCACAUGCCAAAAGGAUGAGUUCCCAUGCACCAGGAACGGGAUCUGUUACCUCCGCUCAGACCGCUGCAACUACCAAAACCGCUGUCCGAAUGGCUCUGAUGAGAAGAACUGCUUCUUCUGCCAGCCAGGCAACUUCCACUGCAAAAACAACCGGUGCGUGUUCGAGAGCUGGGUUUGCGACUCUCAGGAUGACUGUGGAGACGGCAGCGAUGAGGAGAACUGCCCAGUGAUUGUCCCAACCCGGGUGAUCACCGCAGCUGUUAUUGGGAGUCUUGUCUGUGGUCUGCUCCUUGUUAUAGCACUCGGGUGCACAUGCAAACUUUAUUCGCUGAGGAUGUUUGAGCGAAGGUCAUUUGAAACCCAACUGUCAAGGGUUGAGGCAGAGCUGCUAAGAAGGGAGGCACCACCCUCCUACGGCCAACUGAUUGCACAAGGUUUGAUCCCACCAGUGGAAGAUUUCCCAGUGUGCUCAGCAAGCCAGGCAUCAGUGUUGGAAAACCUCAGGCUAGCAGUACGUUCCCAGCUUGGAUUUACUUCAAUCAGACUUCCAACGUCUGGGAGAAGCAGGAACAUUUGGAGACGACUCUUCAAUUUCACCAGGUCUCAACGCUCUGGUUCCCUGGCUUUAGUCUCUGGUGAUGCAGAGGAUGGCACUGCUGAAAACUGCACAGCCAGAGAGCCUGAAAGGACUGGUGCGCACAGAAGUCUUCUCCCCCUUGAUUCUGACGACACUGACGCAGAAAGCGAGAGACGGGACAUCCCAGGUGCAUUCGGGGGAGUCUCUGCUUUGCUACCUCAAAAGACCCCACCAGCGACCGCAGUGGUUACAGUAUCACCGCCCCGAAGUGCAACAGCUCGGCAGGCAAGCAGGAACAACACAGGCAAUGCAAGAGAAGUUGGAACUGUCGAACCACCCACUGUCGGCCCAGGGAGACAGCAACUAACCAGUGCAUUCAGCCGUAUGACUCAAAGUCUUCGUUGGGUACGCUUUUCUCUCGGAAGAUCCUGUUCAACAAACCAGAACCAAAGUCCUUUACGACAACUUGAUCAUGGGAACGGUGGACGAGAUGAAGACGACGACGUGGAACUGUUGAUUCCUAUUUCUGAUGCAGCCUCAGACAUUGACUUGAACGACUGUUCUAGGCCUUUACUCGAACUUGCCUCAGAACAACAUGGGCAGGGGCCUUUAUACCCUCAUGCUGCUACAUUACACAGAGCAAGGCCACCUAGCAGGGAUGGGCCUUGUGAACACUGUGGCAUGGUUCAUACUGCUCAGAUACCGGAUGCAUGCUUGGAAGCAACUGGAAAAAAUGAAAUGAGUGACGAUGAAGCAUUGCUGCUUUGUUAGGUACUAUAUUUAAUAUAGGUACGGUACAGUUUUAGGCACCUGUUAAGCUUUAUUUAUUUUCUUUUUUGUCUUCGCUUUUAAGAUAAUGCCGCUCUAAAACAACAACAGCUAGUAGAAGCUGCAUGCAGUUUAUAAUACAGCCCAAGUGCUCCCCAAAAGUGGAUAUUUUAAGUGUAUUUAUUUUUAUUUUUAAGAAAAAAAAAUCAAUGUUCUCAUUUAAAACAAUAUAAAUGUAACUGCCAGUUGUCAUCUUGCUGAAUUGAGUGGUGGAAUUAGAUCUUUUGAAGACUGCACUUGUGAAUAUUUUUAUACAUUGCAAAGUCAGCAAAAACCUAAAUGACAAAUGCAACCACAGCACUUGCAGUUAGUCCUAUAUAUUUUAGAAAAGGCAUACAUAAAAACCCGAGAGAUCAAACACUGACAGUAAAAUAACCUGGGGUCUAAACUAUGAUUAAAAGCUGAAACAUUGUAAUUCCUAUAAUUAAUGGAUUAUAUUUAUUAUAUUAAUAUGGCUUCAGGCAUUUCUUCAAAAGAUACCAUCUAUCCUUAAAGGGAAAUGUAUGAACAAAGACACUGGCUUACCAUUUAAUGGUACUAUAUUUAAGGAGAUUGAGAUCUGUGUUCACACUCCCACCCCACAUUGGUACUCGGCUACUUAUAAAAGCUAUUUGAUUUUAAUUACUUCAGUUAGACAGAGUGGAAAUUAACUGCUUGUAAACUCUAUAAUGCCUAUAAUCCACUGCUGUUCAUUUUAUUUAUUACUUCAUUAUUAUUUUUUUGUAAACUAAAUGUUUUGGUACUGAACAUGUAAUUGUGUGAUUGUAUACCUAUUUAUUUGUCGUUUGAGAAGCAUGUUGCAAAUUGUCGUCUUGUGCAUUUGUUAUGUGAUGCUGUAAUUAAAAAGUAACUGUACAUGACUUGGGGGGGGGAAAAAAGGUAAUCUUCUGCUGUUUCUUUUUCCAUUACAAAAAAGUAGGUUCACAUUAUGACUUGACUAUGCAUCUAUAAUUAUCAAUAUGUUUGUUUUUGGUUCAACAUUUAUAGAUCUUACUAUAAAUUAUGACGAGUUAUCACUAGACUAAUAUUUUUCAUGUUACAAUAAAACACAACUUUUAGGGCUGGAAUACCUAAAGAUUAUUGCAGAUUAUUAGCAAACAAACAUCAUUGAUUUAUGCACUGAUUUAAAGGACUGUUGGCACAAGCUUCUUGUUUUAAUGUUCUAUCCCUGUGAAACUGUAUAGCUUGAAUCUGUUAAAGAAGCUUUUUUUAAUUAAAUUUUUAUAGAGAAGUACAAAUUAACUGCAUCAUGUUAAAUACAAGCAGA